AUGCUCUUUUGUGUUUUAUUGAUUAGUACAACUAAUAUUUCCGAUUCUAAUAUAAAUUACAUAAAUAACCGAUUUUAUAGUAACUUAUAUAACGUUGUUAGCACAGCAGAGGAUACACAACAAAAUACAAUAUUCGGAAAUUUACUAUGCAAUGACAAAAUGCAAACAGAUGAUGGGGCAGAUUCUGGACGUGAUCAAAGUACUAAUAAACAUAAUUUAGAUAGCGAUCUUACAUGUGAUCAAUAUACUUGUGAAACAAAUAACUUUUCUUUGACACCAAGUAAAGAUCUAUCUCAAAAUCCGGAAAGUACAAAUUUUCUUAAUCAGGAUUAUUCAAUAUUGGACGUAGGCACAAAUACGCCUCAGUACUGGAAUGGUGUUGUUAGUGCUACAGAUGUUUCUCAUACCAACAGAGUUGAAACAAGUUUGCCUUUGACAUAUAAUAAUCAUAUUCCUGCACAAACCAACGUGUAUUCUGAUUCAUGUUUGCUUACACAAAUCGAAAGUAUUCCAGUUGUUCAAGAAAAUGAAUCUCUGACUGAACUACUAAAAGCCCGUUGUACUGAUUACUACACAGAAU